GUCAAAUUGUGUCGCUAGCUAGCAUUAGCAGGGUAGAUGACAUCCACAGGAUUCGUGGGCAGUUUUUGCUUAAAUUAAACUGGUAUAUACAGCAACGACUCAAUAAAAGGGACUUCGCGGUUUUUAACUUGACACGGCCACAGUAGCCUAUGGCCCGGACGGCACUUGUAGUGGGACCUACAUAAAAAGAGGGACACCCAACCGAACCUCGAAUGAGUAAUGAACUUAAACCCCUUCUGGAGCAUGUCUGCCAACACAAGUCGUAAGCAGAGGCCUGACAACGAAGAUCAGAGUGGGCACGGAGAGCAGAGAGCCAGUCCGGCCCGACUGUCGUUUGGCAAAAAGCAGCUUCCAGCCAUUCCGAAGAAUGCAGCCCCUAUAACCAAACCCACCUCUACAGGGACGCCUGUCCAGUCAGCCAAUGGCAUCCACGCCUCAUAUGGGCCCUUCUACCUGGAGUACUCCUUGCUGGCUGAGUUCACUCUUGUGAUCAAACAGAAGCUCCCUGGGAUUUAUGUGCAGCCGUCAUACAAGUCUGCGUUAAUGUGGUUUGGAGUGAUAUUCAUCAGACAUGGCUUGUACCAGGACGGCGUCUUCAAAUUCACUGUGUAUAUUCCAGAUAACUAUCCAGAUGGGGAGUGUCCUAAAUUAGUAUUCGACAUCCCAGUCUUCCAUCCGCUUGUGGACCCUGUGUCUGGGGAGCUUGAUGUCAGAAGAGCUUUUACCAAAUGGAGACGGAAUCACAACCACAUCUGGCAAGUCCUGAUGUACGCUCGCACAGUUUUUUAUAAGAUCAACACCACAGACCCACUUAAUCCAGAGGCUGCUGUGCUGUAUGAAAAGGAUGUACAGUUGUUCAAAAGCAAAGUGGUGGACAGUGUGAAACUAUGCAACAGUCAUCUUUUUGACCAGCCCAAGUUUGAUGAUCCUUACGCAAUAAGUUUUUCUCCGUGGAACCCAGCUGUGCAUGACGAAGCAAAAGACAGGAUGUUUGCAUACAAACGACGGCCUGAGGAUCACCACAAGGGAACGCAGGUGUCGGGGUUGUCUUGGGUGAAGCCCGGCUCGACUCAGCCCUUCAGCAAAGAAGACAAUCCUCCCCCAAGCUGAGCCUGCACUUCCCCACUGCGGCCACCAGAGGGAGGCACAGGGUCGCUGAUGCCACGCCACACGGCUCGCCUCAGCUUCUUAUGUGGGCUGGAUCCUGGAAACAGUUGGGAGAACUCUAUAUCAACCCCUCCACGUUAUCGCUCAGCUUUAAAAGCUUUUGUAGGCCUCUUCCUCAAACAGCUUUAGAAUAAGGAAACCAAGUAUGUAUGAUAUGUAAAUCGACGACAAAUGGAUGUCUCAGCAACCUCAUUUAGGCUGGGAUGCAACCAAAGCGCAUCCUCACUUUGAUUCUCUGAUCCACGCACGUUUGCUUUAGGCGAUAGCUUGUUUUCCCGCUAGGAGGUGGAAUGUGUGAGCAAAGCGGUUUGCAUUGAUUCAAUGAGCGGUGCAGAUUUCGUGACUGAUUCCUCCUGGUCAAACUGGCUCAAGACUGUUUGGCGUGUUGUCACUCGCAGCUCUGUGAAGGCAACACCCCAAUCCACCCGUGCCCAUUAUCCAUUCAGGCUGACAAGAUUAGUUUUCUAUUUCCUAUCUGAUGAAAACUUAUUUCUACCAUGUAACCCACAUCCAUGUCUUGCAUAGUUCCUAAUAUAUAUAUAUAUAAAGCAAAGCAGGCAAGUACGGUUAUGAGUGACAUGCUGAAUAAGUAUGCUUGUUUUAUUUUGUUUAAAUCAUUCUGAAUGUUUAUGUGCUUUUUUUUUUUUUUGUUAUUAAGGGUUAAAUGUAAAUAAUCAGCUCUGUGCUAAGGUUGGACUUUUUAAGAGGCACAUCUGUAUCAAUGCUUGGGUUUUUGGUUUCCAUGAAUGUUUUGAGUUUCUUUUCACCUUGUAAAUUUCUUAAUCACUCAAUUCAAAGUUACUGCAGAUUUUGAAAGAAAAACGGAUGUCUUUUAAGGUUCAGUUGUUAAACGGUUUUUUUGAACAGCAUUAAUUUGCAUUAAACUGGACUCCAGUCCAUCUACCAGGGUUUUUAUUUUUAUUCCAUAACAAAGCCAGUUUCUUUUUAAUUUCUUCAUUUUAGACAGGCGAGCUGGCUCCGUUGCCGGUUUGCUCGGCCACUUUCAAUAUGCAAGUCUUGUCAGUGAAACAGCGAGGAUGUUUUGAAGGAUGUGUGGGGAAUCUCGGCUGGCAGUGAUCAUGACGAUCGCAGAUACGGUGCUCAAACCUGUCAGACUUAUUUUUAGCUUGAGAGAAAGGUGGUGGCGUUAGUGUCCUCCGCAUAUGUGCGAGAUUUGAUGUGUUCUCAAUCGAACCAGUACUUCUCCACUGCAUAGACGGCACAGAGUUGAAAUCAUGUUCACUCAAAUCAAUAAAAUGAGUAUUUAAAA